GGAAGAGGCUACUUGACUUUGACAAUUGCUGCUCAUCCUGUCGCUUUGUUCGGUGGGCUGGAGAGUCUGCGUCUGUGGGACAAGGGAACAAGAGGCUUCCCUCCCUCGGGCCGGUUGGAUCUUGACAACACUCGCAAAGAGGAUGAGGCUCAGGCUCUUUUGAAACCGUCUCGUGGGGACGCAAAAUCUCCUCCGUCGCAGUCAUUUUGGGAUGUCACAAAAUCCAAAUGA